UGGGAAAUUUAAAAGUGCAUCAUAGGGUUACUUUUGACGUCUAUACUGUAAAAAAUCUCUAUCAAACUACAAUGUAAAUGAAAUAAAAAAAAUACAAUUACAUUUUAUUUAACGUUUUAUUAUGCUUAAUUAACAUUUGGGGUAUGUGGAUGAAAACAGUAUGGGUUAAAACAAGGGAGAAAGGAGAAAGCUAGAGAGGACCACUGUCAUGAUCCAUGCUCAUUUGUGCCCUGAGUUGCACCUGUGUCUUGCCCUGACCCUUGUUUCCUCCAAUCAGCUCUCUCCUUCAUCUUGUGUCUAGUCCAGGUGUAUGGAGUCUUCUAAUUAGUCUGUGUAUGGAGUUCUCAGUCUGCUGUCUAGUUUUUGUCCGGUCGUCAAAUGACGUAUAUGCUUCCCCACCAUGGAUGACAGGACGUCAACACCAACCACCACUACGGAGGUCACAAGAGGACAACAGAAUGCAGACCUUAAGGUGUCGCCGUCCAGCAAACCUCUUCAUCGCUUUCUUCAAAAGGAGCCCCAGAGUCUCGGUGUUGUCAUCGGGAUCUGUGGCUGUGCAGAGCUGAUCAUGGGAUGCAUCUUUUUCGGGGAAACCGUGACAAACUCCGGUGACGUCUACGUUCCUUUCUGGCAGGGAGCUCUGUUUCUCACCUGUGGAAUCUUGUCUGUCUACACGGGAGCAUGUCCAUCCAAAAAGAUGGUGACCGUUUGUCUGUCCAUGUAUGUGAUGUCCAUCCUGGGAGUCAUCGUGUCUUGCGGUUAUAGGAUACACAGCAUUCGCUAUCCCGAUAUCUCCCGGCUAUCCUUAGUGGACCCACAGUGGGCCUACAACGAAAUGAGGCAACUUUUGGCCACGCAAUGCAUUUUGUUCACGUUCUCUGCGUGCGUGGCGGUGCUUCUCAUCUUCUUGUCAGCGGUGGCCCGCCUGGCUCUCAAAUCCACAAACACUCAGGUCAUUUUCCAGCGGAUAUCAACGCCACAGAGUGACACAACAUCCCAACAAUAAUUGUGGAUGCUUCUCACUUAACGAUCAUACAUCUGUACAGUUUUCUAUACUAUCUUAUACAUUACAACUUUAGGAAUACUCGCUCCAUUUAAUGAGAUUUAAUACAUUUUUGCACUUGUAUUCAGUAUUCAUUUAAUUAUGUUUAUUAUCGUGGUUGUAAAUCCACCAAGAGCCGUCUCUAAUAUUUCGCUUACCUUAUCACUGUGAGAGAAAGAAAAUAAAUGGCAGCUCAGUCUCCAGUUUUUUACUCGGAAUAAACGUAAAUGGAAAAAGGGCACCACUGUUAUUUGAACAGUAUCAUUUUAGUGACUAAACUGCCAGUUAUUUUUUACCACAAACUCAACAUUCAUUUUUACAGUGCAAUACUGACAAUAGAAAACAGGCACUACUUUUAUUUUUACAGUAUACAGUAGAAGAGGUGAUUCCUAUAGCCUCAUUCGUCAUGGUUUACCUGACACAUGAAACGUGACGAAUUGGGGGGAUGCACUAUCCACUUGAGACGUUGAUUUCACAUACUUAUCAGAAAUAAUCACACCUCUUUGACCUCAUAAACUCCAAGGGAAUAAAGUUUAUUUUCAAUCCGAGACUCCGUUAACGUCUUCCACAACAAACACUUGUCGUCUCAUGCUGCUUCCUUAAUGCGCCACGUGUUAAUUGUCCCCCCGACAACGUGAUCAAACUGGAACAAAAAACAUGUUCCCCUCUCAAUUGACAUGGGGUUGUAACAACAAUAAAGUUAACAUACACCUGCAUGAAUUAACCCAAGGAAAUACCUUUUUAAUCACAUGAUGAACUUAUAUUUAUGCAUUGUAUUUAUUUAUUCUCACCAACUAUGAAAUGAUAUUUUAAACACACAUGUUGGAAGCUACACUCGUACUUGAUCAUAUCUCUGCUCGUACUUUAGUCUAGACUUCUGGUUCCGAUAGUUACUCCACAAGUACCAACACAUAGAAAACUUAUUUUUAUAUUUAAUGCUGCUAAUUGUGAAACUGAUCCACUAUGGAUUGGACUCUCAUACUAUGAUGUUAGAUCCACUAUGGAC